AUGAGCGAAGUUCAAAAUACUCCCGUUGCUCAACCGGCAGCUUCUGCUGACCCCCUGCCCGAAUUAUCCGCCGAAGACUUCGAAGUUUUCAACUUCUUUGCAGAGAAAAUGGACUUCCAUCAUAACGAGUUUCGAGUUUCAUGGACGAAAUUAUACGAUGCUUGCGUUGCCAACGAGCUGCCCAAGGACAUGUCUUUGGAGCAGUUCAUCCAACUCGGAACGGAAUUCUGCAAUAACCUGGAGAUCCACCACUCCUUGGAGGAGGCAUGGGUCUUUCCAAUUUUGGGCCAGCGCAUGCCAGCAUUCAAAGAUGAACAUAAGAAAGUCGAACUGCUCGUUCAGCACACACAUAUCCACACGGGCCUGACGAAUCUACUCGAGUAUCUUUCCGCGUGCAAGGAAGGCAAGAAGGAGUUCGCCUUGGAAGACCUGAAGGCGGUUAUGGAUGGGUUUAGGGAGAUAUUGUGGGUGCACAUGGAUAACGAGGUAGAUGAACUUCGGCCUGACAAAUUGCGGAAGUACUGGUCGCUCGAGGAAAUAAUGGCCAUGCCUUUCUACGAUCCCGUCAAAUAG